CUAUUUCAGACGCAAAAUAUUAUGUGUUAUUUAACUGUGAUAUAUUGCCUUCUGCACAAAUGGAUGGAAUUACGUAGUUGGAUAUUUCUCGGGUGAUUGUCACGUAACCGCAAACAGUUCUUCAAAUAAAGAUGGCGACUGGGAGUAGCUGUUCAGUUGAAGGAUACUUAAAACUCAAAGUGAAGAUUUUCCGAACUGAGAAGAUAUUCAACUCCUUAAUAGGAAAGAUAAAAACUAAGCUUCCAGAGUUUUGUCAAUAUCUCGAGGUACAGCAUCCAUUUUUGCGAUUAAAAAAUCAGAUGCGACCUCUAAAAUAUGAAACAGGAGAAGUGGCGUAUUUUCUAGUCAUUGCUAUCUACUCGAAAGAAGAUUUAAACAGGAUACGCCAAAUGACAAAACCAGUGGGAAAGACGAAGUACAAUAUGUUUUCGUCUUUGAUGCAUACGUAUUACAAAAAAGUUUUAACUGAUUAUAACUGUGAAAUUGAUGUUGAAAUGGAAGAAACGGAGUAUGCAUACCUACAAGAGCAUAUCUCUGAGGAAACGGAUGUAGACGAACCAUAUGAACGAAGUGGACAGGUUGGAGACGCUCAUUCUGUUGAAACGCAAAUGGUCAAUCAUAGAUUUAUUAUAUACAUACCAGAGGAACGAAAGGCACAAACAGUUCAACUAAGAAGUAGUAGUAUCAAAUAUCUCCACGAAGUUAUAUUAACUCCACUUAUGCCAAGAAAAGACACAUACUAUGUUGAGUUGUCGGUACCCGCAAACACGGUUGGCUCGUAUUCCUACCGUAUGGACAUGAAUCAAUGGUUUCAAAGUUUACGACCCUUCGAAAGUCAACUUUUCAAACUUCAACCCUACACGGUGCACCGAGAUAUCAUCAACAAGUUUUCAGCAGAAGACAGCAUUGUCUUUCAUUUAGAACAUAUACUAAUUGACUCAGUUGUAUUGUUCUCCUUUAUGGAACUAUGUAUGCAAAUUGAAGACGUAUUUUCGCAAGGUGCAAACGAAAAUAACAGUACCAUCUUAAAGAAAGUACUUGAGAAAGCAAACUUCUUCAAUCGCGAUGGAAACGCACUGUGUGCGUUUAUGUUGAACCGUGUCAAGAAUCAUUUCACCCUGCAAACGAUGUUAGAUGCACAAAUAUCUGAAAGAAUUAUUAAAUCGGUAGCUGAAAGAAAUCUUAAAGACUUUCCAGUUUCGUGCAUUGCUGGCCUGAUUCAAACUUUGAAGUACAUUUAUAAAAUAGCACAAGCAAAUCAAUCCGAAAUUGGUGGCUUCCUGCUAAUAUUUUUUGAUUGUUUUGGGGAAGAAUAUUUAAACACCUUUCUCGAACAGUGCAAACACGAAAAAGAAAAGCACAUCGAUUUCGUAAGGUUCUAUUCUGAUGAAACUGUCAUACCGUUAUGUAAAAGGUUUAUCGAAUGUACGAGAAUUUCUGGCUCAGGAAAGAUCAUGUGUAACUUUAUAUCUCUUUUGCCCUUGUCAAUGGCACUUUCUUUGUACAAGCAGUUCUCGAAUGAGUUCAUCGACAAUGAUGCAAUUCUUAAAAAGAUACGCGAUCUCCUCAUAGAAAAACUCGGAAAAGCAAGAAAAGACAACGAUUUAUUGGGAAUAUGUGAUAUUGCCAUUCAUUUCGAAGACAUCGGUCUUUCCAGCCGACUGAAUACAAUUGCAACGUUUGAAAAGGCCAUAACUGAUUGCUUUGAACCGGGCGUCGUUUCGGGAGAUGCGGUUAAAAUAGCUGUGCUAAAAGUUUUGGAACAAACUGGAUGUUUUAGGGAAAAAACAAGCCGUUUCGAUUUACUAAAAGCUGUCACACGAUCGGGAAAUCCCUGUGUUAACCAACUACUGAUUGAGCUAGGAAAACACGCAAAUUUCCAUAGUGUAUUUAGCGAACUUCAAUACGAACAUAUAAAAGUAUGGCUUGAUAAUAUUAUCAAAUUGGGGCGAGAUGAAAAAUGGUGUCAUGCAUUCGAGCAACUGGCAAACAUUUUCAGACUGAAAUUGCUCUCUGAAGAAACUCAUGAAAGACUCGUCGGACAUCUUACAACAUUUAUGGACUUUGAAACACUUGAUAAGUUGCUAAGGCAGCUUUGGAGGAUUGAGCAUGUGCUCGAUGAUCACCCAUGCCUUUCUGCUGCAUAUGAGAAAACAGUGAUGCAGCUCAUGUCAACCAAACGGCAUACGGAUGCAAUUGAAAUGCUUUGCCAAAAUAAACGUCUUGCUGUGGAAUCAAGAAUACGAGGUACACUGACAUGCAGAGUUAUUGAGUACCUUUUCAAUGGGUUACGUCAAGAGCAGCCCGAAGUAUUAUUUCAAAAAGCUUGUAUUUAUGUUGAUAUUUUGGAAAUUCUUGACAACGUGACGGGGUCGGAGUCAAAAACGGUUAGUUGUAACGAAACAAUUGUGUGCAUUGUUAAGUCAAUCAAGAAAACGGUUUCUCAAAUCAAACGAAAGGAAGCUAAUAUGGAAUUUUUAUCAAAACUGAAGACAUCCGAUGAAAAGACUAAAAAGCUCCUAAUCUUUGGUGGACUCAACAAUGACGAAAUAGAGAAAAUACCUCUCCUAUUGAAGGAAUUAAGAGACAGUUUAAAGGAGAGUACAAAUGAUGUGUUAACAGUACUAAAUGCAUUAAGACGCAGAAGAGACAGUAUUCCUAUAAGAGGAAUUGAUCAGAUCAUUGAAGCUGUUAACGACAAGAAAUAUGACAUUGAUAAAGAACCAUUAAAAUCAUGCAUAUGGCCACAUCUAUUCUGGGGCGAUUUAGAGUAUUUGCCUGCAGAAUGCAUACAACUAUGUAAAGUUAUUGAAUCAACACUAUUUUGGAAUGUUGGCAAAGAAAGCAUCGUUAGUGAAUAUGAACGCACAAUGGAACAGGUUUCGAACGAAUGUAUAUACGAGCUGUGUCUGUGUGCAAUAAGGUUCCUGUUUGAUGACUUUCCAGAUAAAGCGAUCGCAGACCCUGUAUCAUCAUACAAGCUCAUCGAAUUUAUCGGCUGUACGAAUACAAUUGGUAUAAAGGCAUAUAAAGAAGCCUGGGCCAAACUAGAAGACUGCGGUGACCAAAUAAAUAUAACGGAUGUGUUUAAAAUGUUUACGAAGGCCGACGUCGCAGCGGAAAUUGAAUUGGCAAAUGUGUUUCGGGGAGACAUUAAACUAUCAUUAGAUAAAACUCUACGACAGCUUUGGAAAAUAAACGAUAUAGGGAAAGAUGUUUCAACUUUACAAAAUGGACUUAAAGCGUUUGGAUACGACCUUUCGAAAGACACAAAAUUAUUCACAGGAAUAGAGUCAUUUCUAAAUUUAAAAUGUACAUUGGACUCAUUAAAUAAAUCCGGAAGCUGUUCAGUCGAUAAUGUUGAAACCUUAGCAAGUAUAGAAACACCUCUUGGUACUAUAUUUUCAAUUCUAGAAAAGUUAACAAGUCAGGCUCUUAGUAUCAUGGAAGAGAUAUCACGCUCGACCAGUUUAAUCGAGUUUUUAACUGAAACUGGAAUCGAUGACGUUCGUAAUCUUAUUGAUGCCGUAGAGGAUAUAUCAGAGUCACAUGUGAACGAAUCAACAGUUUCAGCCUUGAUAGAUACGAAAAAAUUUAUUUUUCCGCUGUUAAUUGGUUCCUCCGAUGAGAGGUCAUGUAUGUGGUUUUUGAAUGAAUUUCAAGCACAAGUUAAUCGUAUUAAGGAUGCUGAAAGACUUCCACCUAAAAUAUGUGAUUGCAUCGAAAAUUUGCACAAUUUAAAAUCACUGUACAAUAAUGUUGCAAAUAGGGGCCAACAAACACGAGAGAUCGUAAACAGCAUACUAACAAAAGGAGAUUUUGUUUUCCAGCUGAAUGAUUCAGAAAAAGUCGUGUUUGAAGUGCGAUAUAACGAAAAUGAUGCUGCUUUUGUAAAACAAGAAUCAACUCUAUCUGAUAUCAGAAGCAGGGCAUUACUGCUGCUUAACUCCGACCGAAAGUCAUCUGAAGGUUCAAAUAACCCUGCAGAGUUCAAGGCUUACAUAGAUGAUAUUGAUGUCUGCCUGGAAAUUAAGGACAUAUUGCAAACUCUCUAUUUGUCCGGACACAUUUAUUACAAGAAAUUUGCAAAACAUCUUCAACGUAAUGAGCUGGUUACAGAAAGAGACAACAUACGAUGUGAUCUCGAAAAAUGGACUGAGACAUUACAUAUUACAAGAGAAAGUUUUUAUUUGAUGAAUUUUAUUCAUGGCUGCCAAAUUCACACUUUCUUUGAAUUUCUCACUACCGAAAAUUGUCACGCAGAUGUUGAUUUUUUGCUCCAUUAUAUACAUCCAAAUAUGUCUGCGAAGUCUCUUUUAAAUCAAUAUAAAGACAGUAGCACUGACGAAGAGUUCUCGUUACAAAUGCUAGGAAAUGCAUUGCACGAAGUGUACGUUAAUGGCGGACUUGAGCUAUUCCAUAGAGAUGUCGAAAAAGAUGGGAACGUUAAAAAGAAAAUGACUGAAACGGUGCAUAGUGGGAAGUUGCUUGUUGCAAAUUUAGAUGAAAAGAGUGAAAAUGUUAUUCGCACUAUAUUAGCGUUGUAUCGAAAUACAUCAGACCGUCUUCCAGAACCGAAUCAACUUCUCAUUUGCACGGGUGAAACAUCAUUUCAUGAGAUCGAUUUAUUCAUAAAUCGAUGCAAAGGUUCAUUAAGUUUUUAUAAGGAAACACCUUUAUAUUGUAUAGCGUACGUGGAAACACUUCAAAAUAAGGUACAAUUUCAGCUAGUAGACAAACUAAGAAAAAUUGACGAGUUUGAAGAUUGUAAGGUAGCUGUUGUUUGUCGAGGAUCUAAACACCAUCCUUUUGUUAAUCAGCUCUCUGAUUUUCUAACUUAUGUUCACCCUUUAUCCGAUCAAAGCAUGUCGACUGUGUUUCUUCAAAUGUAUCCAACCGUAGUAACAUAUACUUCGGAAGUCGCAGGACUCGGCAAAACAACUGAAAUUUCUAGAGAAGCAAGGCGAUCAAAUUGUAGUUUGCUUACUGUACACUUCAGUGGAAAACUCAAUAGAAAUGAGCUUAUAGAAAAAUUGAACAGUUGCAAUGCGAAGUCAUACCAUGUUCUUCACUUUGAUAUUGGAACAGUUGACAAUGCUAGUGAACUUGACAGAUUCCUGUUCGAGCUCGUGAUAAUGAAAUUCAUAGCAACAGGAAAAAUAGCAAUAAGUUUGCCAACAGAACGAUUGUGUUUUGAAAUUUCUAAUACGAUCAAUAAUGAUCUAAGAAAUUCUCUGCCAACUGCAACAGCAUUCAAGCGGGUACAUUUAGAAUGGAAGGACUUCGCAGAUUUUCAUAUUAAUAAAGAAAUAAAUAGUUCAGUACAAGUUGUGUGCCAUUACCUAAAGGCCCUUGAAGAUAACACUCUAGAUACGAAAGAAAUCAAAUUUACAGGAGAGUCCAAGGUAAAACCUCUUCAGGCGGACUGUUGUAGAAGCUUACUUCAAAAAUGCCUUGUUACGGCUACUGACAAAUCAUUUGCGACUGUAAAUACAUUUCUAAACGUUUUGGGAGAUCAGUUAAAGAAAUUAUCAUGCAGUACAUUUUUCAAAGUGUAUCACUUAUCAUUGAUGAUAGGUGAUCAGGAAGUUUCGACAGUCAGGAGCAGUUUGGUAAAAGCAAUGAUAGAAGUUUCUAAAGAAUUUGCAACAAGAUCCGUCGACACUUGCCGGGCAACACAAACAGCUUCCGUUGUAAUCAGUGAUCGCGAAGCAAGAAGAGAAGAGGGUUCGGAAAAUGACACAAAUGAGUGUAAUGAUCUUACUUCAAAGUUGGUUGCAAGAGCAGACAGCAUGAUUCGCUGGGAAGAAAGCAAUCAUUUGAUAUAUGUCUUUCAUAAUCAAAAUAUUCAAACACUUACUCCAAUGUACCGAGACAAUACUAAAGUCCCAGAUCGUAUCAAAAAACUGUUUGAAACUCAAAUGAAAAAACGUUUACCUGACUUUAGUUCAAUGAAACAGGAUGAGUUACAACAUAUGCUCCAAAAGAUUGCUCGAGUUAACCCAAAGACGCUUAAUGUAUCUAAGCUACAAAGUAUAAGCAAAGACUAUGCGCUUACUCCAGACAACUUAUUAAAAAUGGUACUAAUUGUGUUGCGAAUAUUGAGUAAGGUUCCUGUUGUCGUAAUGGGAGAGACGGGCUGUGGAAAGACAUCUCUCAUUCGAUAUCUAGCAAACAUUUGCGAAGUAUCAUUCGUAGUUUUAAACGUACACGCAGGUGUGUCAGUACAGACAGUCAUAGAAUAUACACUGGCUGAAAAUAAAAAAUGCAAAAAUGAUUUUAAAGAAACACGUUGGUUAUUUUUCGACGAAAUCAACACCUCCUACUGUAUUGGUUUGAUAUGCGAUAUCAUUUGCCACCACAAAUGUAAUGGACAUAUGUUAGCCCCAAACUUGAUAAUUAUGGGUGCAUGCAAUCCCUACAAGCUUAGAACUCGGGAAGCGAUUCAGACAGCUGGGUUAACAGGCAAAGUAAAAACUGACGAACUUUCGAAACUUGUUUACAGAGUAUUUCCAUUACCAGAAAUGAUGGUUGACUAUGUUUGGGAUUUUGGAAGUUUGAGUAAUAUUGACGAAAUAAAAUAUAUAGAACGAAUGAUAGAAGAUGUUCUCUUACAAAAAAACCUUCGAUUACUUCUGCGGGAUUUGCUGUCAGUCUCACAAGAUUUUGUGAGAGAAUAUGAAAAAUCCACAUGUGUUGUCAGUCUCCGUGACGUUAGCCGGUGCAAGAAAUUAGUGCAAUGGUUCAUGUCAUUUCUUAAAAGAAAACAUUUAUUGGUGCCCUCAAGAAAUGAACGUCCUCGUGAAAUCCGUGCAUUUGUGCUUGCAUUAGGGGUUUGUUAUCACAGUCGAUUCGUUGAAAAAUCAGCAAGAUGUCAGUAUAGACAACGGCUAGGUGUUUGUUUUGCAAAAAACAUGUUCCCAGACUAUCUUGAAAAUGAUAUUCAUGAUAUCAUUAAAGACGAACAACAGGAUAUUUUAGAUCGAAUGGAACUACCACCCGGCACUGCUAAAAAUACUGCUUUGCAAGAAAAUGUGUUUAUGAUUGUUGUGUGUAUUUUGAACAAGAUACCUAUUUUCGUCGUGGGAAAACCAGGCUGUAGCAAAUCGUUGGCUAUGCAAAUAAUACGUAGCAAUCUAAGAGGUAAGGACUCAAAAGACGUUUUUUUCCGUACUCUUCCACAAUUAUAUUGUGUCUCCUUUCAAGGAUCGGAAUCAUCAACAUCCGAAGGUAUAAUCAAAGUUUUUGAAAAAGCCGAAAACUACCAGAAGUCAAACCGAAGGGACGACGUGUUUUCGGUCGUUUUAUUUGAUGAAAUCGGUCUUGCCGAAAUAUCACGAUUUAAUCCAUUGAAAGUUUUACACAGUCUUCUUGAACCAGAUGGCCAAAGCCAACCGAAUGUUGCUGUGGUUGGAAUUUCAAACUGGUCCUUGGAUGCUUCAAAAAUGAAUAGGGGAAUCCAUUUGUCACGUCCUGAUAUGGACGAGGAAGAAUUGUUAGAAACUGCAAUUUCUAUAAGUAAGUCUUUUACAGAUGCAACUUGUAUCAGGACGGGACUUAUAGGGGUGGUGACUAGAAGUGCCCUUACAACAUCAGUAAUUAAACAUGAGCUCAACAUUAUAGCAAAGGCAUACACAAGUUAUACUAAUCAGCUUCAGUUUAAAAACUUUCACGGACUUCGCGACUUUUAUGCGUUGGUAAAAUACAUUGCGAGAAAGCUGUCUACCCAUACAUUUACCAUCUCAGACAGGCAGAAAGAGAUAGCUAUUAUCGAAGGUCUACAAAGGAAUUUUGGAGGAUUCAAAACCGAGCACAAGUCUAUGUUGAAAACCUUUCAAAUUGGUGCUUUGCAGUCACAACCUGUUUUGUCCAUCGUUGAUCUGAUCGAACAAAAUAUUGUGGAUGAAAUGGCAAGGCAUCUCAUGAUCAUUACAAGUGGAGAACCUGUUAUAGGAAUUCUGGAUUCAAUUUUAAAGAAGUUGGACCGUACUGGCAGAGAAAUAAUCUAUGGAAGUCAGUUUCAAGAGGACCAAACAGAAGACUACCAAUACCGGAUACUAAGUAGAAUAAUUCUAUGUAUGGAACAAGGCAUUGUUCUCAUAUUAAAAGACCUUGAAAGUGUUUACGGAAGUUUAUAUGACAUGCUGAAUCAAAACUAUACAAAAAUAGGCAGAAAAAACAACUGCCGUGUUGCGUUAGGUCCAUAUAGCAAUCCAUUUUGCCAUGUUGCAGACAGUUUCAGAUGUAUUGUGCUUGUUGACUCAAAUCGAUUAGACUAUACAGACCCACCAUUUUUAAACAGAUUUGAAAAACAGUACCUUUCGUAUUCAGAUGUACUAACGGAGAAAGAAAUGCAUCUCAAAACUCAGAUAUUGGAGUGGGUUGACAUGAUAGGUAACAUAAAAGAAAAGACGUUUGCAAAAUUAGACAUUUUUCCGUUUUACAACGAGGAAAUGAUUGUCUCAUUAGUUCUCUGGGCAAAGCAAGCUUGCAGCGAUACAACAGUAGCGGACUAUAUCGAAAGAUGUAAGAAUGAACUAAUGUGGAUAAUGAAACCUGAUGCCAUUUUACGUAUGCAAAACGCUGAAAAUAUUGAAAUCCAGGAAGGGUCCUCGACAAUGAGAGAUGAAUAUUUCAAUUUACCACUGCAUGAUGGUUUACCAUAUCUUCAGGAAUACGUCGAGACAAAGUAUCCAUGUGGGUUGAUGACAGUCAUUUAUACAAACAGUAAACUUCAUACUAGGUAUGGAAAAUCUCUAAAGGGAGAUGUUCAGACAGAAAUCCUUGGAGCCUUUAAAUCAGAAAAACAAUUAUCACAGAAGAUUCAGGAAUUCUGGAACAGUACAGUAAAGCAGAUUCUUUUGGUUCACUGUCAUUCUGUUGAAGAUGAAAGGCACAUUAUGCUGACAAAAUCAAUUAUAGAAAGGUACAGGAAAGACUGCAAUCCAUCGUUGGCUUGUUCAAAAUACGUUUACAUGAUUCUUCAUCUUACUUGCAGACCUGUUUCUUCUUCGAUGAGGAAUAUGAGCCUUACAACAGGACCGUUAUCGCAGAUUAAUUUUUUGUCUGGAUGGAAACUUGUAAUGCUUGAAAGUUUGAACAAACCGGUUCGGUCACUUCCUGAACUCUGCUCAAAAUCGUUGCUACACACACUAGAAGACAUGAUGCCGUUUAGUGACCAAAUUAAACAGGAGUUAUUCUGGUCAUUUACGCGAAUUAAAUACGGUCGACAUGGACGAAAUAUUAACAGCAUCACACAAAUCAAAGAAAACAUAUUGCGAUCGACACAUUUCUUAGAAGACAUUGCAGAUAUGAUCUGGUCCAGUAUCAACAUUGAACACGUUGGCUAUCAAAACGAGGACUGGUGUGUUGAUGUUGCAAGUGAUCUUAAUGCUUUAAACACGAGUGAGUUUUUCGUUGAAGCUCUGGAACGAUUCAUUCUUGACGUAAUAAAGAUUCCUCUCGCAAAGAUCAUGUACAAAUUAGAACAAAUGAUGUCUGUUGAUUCUUAUUUUGUUGACGACGGCAGACAAAAGAAACGGCGUGAAUACUGGCUUGCACUUUUUAAAGACGAAAACGUAUUUUCAACAGCAAGCAUAAAGGACGAAACAGGUCCUGAGUGUUAUAACUGCACGUCGCCCGAUUUGCGUUUAAAAUUGCCAUUUAGCUCGAUUAUAUUUGACAAUGUAGAUGAAACAAGAGAAACAUUUAUCGUUCAAGUAAACAGAGCAAAAAUAAAUUGCAACCUGGAGACCGAUGAAGAACUUCCGCCGACUGUAAUGGAUGAACUGUUCCACCGUCAAGAAGAGAUCAUUGCAUCACGCCUUCAUAAGUUUUGUGAAAAUCACCAACAAUACGAAGGUUUUCUGGCAGACUAUAUCGAUGAUUUCUGUAAUCUUCUAUCUCAUACGUUCACUUCAGAGCUUGACGAGAGUACUCGAGUGACCAGCACUCAUUGGAUUUUGUCACAAAAAAUGGACUUUUCCCCUGGAAGCAUAAAUGAAAAAGGGUUAUUUCAAUUAUUAACAGAGUUGCAUUGUACCAGUUGGUUAAAUAUGAGCCUUGUGAGUAAAAUACUUCAUAUCAUUGACUUAUCUGUUGACGUCAUUCCAGAUUGCAAUCGAAAUCCCAUUGGAGCAUUUAUCAAAAACAAUAAUAAAACAGGCACAUCAGAUGAGGACUCACAAAAAACUGCUGAUUCCCUAGUUUUUGUUGCUAAAGAGAAAACCGAUGCAGAAAAUCAAACUAUUUUAGAUGAAAAACAAUCAGAAAUAGGAAUGGAAAGACAAUUCGUUGCAUGUGAUCUAAACUCUGAAUCCUUUGAACUAGUGCGGCAUUCGUACGAUGUAGAUGAAUCGGAUUCUCAGUCAAAUGAAUAUGACAAGGGCUCUUUCCAAGAAGAAGAAAUAGAAGACAAUAUAUUUAACGUGUUUGUAUCAUUCAUCUCAAAACGCCUUCUUCCGACUGAUAGUCAAUUGAGAUUAUUUCAGGGAAUAGGACAUUGGCAAAGUGUCGCACGGAACAUUUUAUUAGAGGCAGAAGACAUCUGUGCUGAAUCUGUGGCUUACCAGGCGUUGCGAUUGUGUUAUGACGUCACAUCCUACAUGAUAAUUCCUUAUGCAUUAGAGUCAAAAUUGCUGCACACGCUUUCGUUGUGUCUCCUAGAAUAUCAUUUUGAUUCAAAAGAUGUGCUUGAUGAUGUCAUGCUAGUGAUUUCAAAAGUAUAUGAUCCAAACACACAGAAUGUAUUCGAAAUGGAUAGUUCAUUAGACGUUCAGAGAAUUAUUCGGCAGUAUUUAGUCGGUUGCCUAUCCAUUGAUCCUGAAACAAAAGCAUAUAGCAUGCUUCUUCCACUUCUUCAACAACAUGUUAUCCCGGAACAAAACAUAUUUGUUCUUAAAGGGCCUUUCACCUUUAUAUUACAACAAGAAUUGGAUGAAACUGGAACAGAAAGUCUUUUAAGGGAAGAUGGAAACGAACAUGAUGAAGCACAACAUAACAGUUUUCUAAAAUGUCUAGAUAGCUGUGUGACUGAUCUGUUUGAACAAAAUCGAGGCAGCAGCAUGUUUAUGCUAAUGAUAACAGAUUUGUUGCAAGAAAACAUUCGUGAACAUAACGAUACUGACAUAAUGCUAAGAAGUGGACAUAUUUUGCAAGGUGGCGACAGAAAUCUAAAAUUGUUGGCAGCAGUUGCUUACUUAAGAGCAACAAUAUACUGUAUUGCCUCUGAUCCAGAAAUCGGAAUGCCAGACAAACGUAAUCCGCUGCUUGAUGCACUAAAUGGCGUGCUCACGGGAAGUAGGACAACAGAUGUUUCCAAAAAUAUUGCGACCUAUUUCUUUAAGUGUCUUGGUGUAAGUCGGAUAUUAAGUACUGUCCUGAAUGCGUUUCACAGACUCAAAGAAUCAAUAGAACCACUUAAAUGUAUUGAAUGGAGAGAUGAUAGUAUUUUGACGAGUAUUGAGUUCAAUCCUAUGGCGCUAUAUCAAAGUAAAAAACUGCAGGAAAGUGUAAAGAGUCGCUUGUCGGAUAAUCAGACGGAAGAAAAAUUUGGAAAGUCCAUCAAAAAGCUCGUAUCAGAGAAUAGUGUUACGAACAGAAAACUUUUCGUAUUUGCCGUGUCUCUGAAAGAAUACUAUUUGUCUAGAUUCUAUAAACAAAUUGACGAUAGUGGUAAGGCACUGGCAACAAUUUGUCAAACAGCGUUUGAAACUAUUUUAUCAAAUGAGAGGCAAAGAACUUUACUAAAAUGCAUUCUCGGGAAAAAAGAUUUCUUGUCAAGUAAAUUAAUGAUUACUGAGGAAAUAAACUGCAGACGGUUUAUGCUUUGUUCAGUUUUAGUAACAACAUACUCAAAAGCCCUAGCAAUGCAAUCUUCGGAAGAGGAGUACCGUGUUCCUUUGCUGCGGAAAUGUUUAUUUACACCGAAUGACUUCAAUGCUUGCUAUCUUCCAGGACUUCCUAAUAAUAGUAAGUCUGCUAGGAAAGCUUACAUGCAGCUGUCAACAACAGAUGCUGCCUACUUUUCCUGCACUUGUGGUCAGAUUUUAGUUUUCCACUCAGAAAUGGAAACAUAUCUCUGUAUAGUAUGCAAGAAAGAUUUAGGUGAACAUCAACCACGAACCCUUACUGAUUUUCUGCGACAUACAGAAGAGGACAUUCAGAAAGGUUAUACACUUAUUUUGAGCAAAACUACUCUUGCAAUUGAAGAAAAACAGAUGCCGAUUGACCACACUAUAAGACGCCUUUCUCCAGUUACGUGCAAGAUGACUCAAUUCCUAAUAACAGGUUGUAUUUUUGGAUCUUUGGCUUUAGGGUUCAAAGCACAAAAUGACAUAGAUCUUUUCAAAGAUGUUGAUAGUACAAUUGAUCUUUAUGAUCUACUGUGGGAAAGGAUUGAACUUCUAUGGGAAGAUUUAAAGCACAUGUUAAACCUCGGCGACCGUGAUGUCGGCAUAUUUUUCCAUGCGGUAAUAAAAGACGCGUCAAUCUCAAAUUUGUUAUUUGAAGAAAGGGAAUCUUUUACUACUCAGGAAGGACGAAAGAAUUGGGAAUCAACAUUUGACAGAGCACUACAAAACAUGCUAAACAAUAAAUUGAUUGAGAUCAACAAGGCAACUUGCCAUUGUGAUGAACGAUUAAAGGGCUACGAACAGGUGAUAGACUAUUCAAAUUUGGAAUUGCAAAUUAGAGAGGCUGUUCCCUCUCCACCUCCCAAUGACCAAUACUUCCAACAUUUGCUCAGGCUAUCAAAACACCCAUCGAACAUAGAUUUUUUUUGUCAGGUCUGGACACACAAGGAUGACUUGUGUUUUUUGACACGCGUUCUCCAACAAGUAGAAAUACUUAAUCUUCCAAGGCAUAUCAUCAACAUUAUUCAGUGGCACUACUCAUCGGUGAUCAAUAUAAGUUAUACCUUAAAAAGAAGUGAAUGCUUGAAAAUGACUGUCCUCGAGUACCAGGAAAGCUUAAAGGAUAAACGAUGUAUGGACACCAGUAAAAAGAUUUUUAAAGAGUUCAAAGCAUCAUGGUAUGACUUAAGCAAGAUAUUUGAAUCAUCGGAGGUCUUCCCAAAUAUUAAGCCAAUAAACAACGGCAGCAAAAUGAGUGAAUGUCUCAUUCUCGACUCUGAUGGUGAAAUAUAUAGUGUUCUUCGAUUGCUGAUUAAUAUUCAAAAUCACUUCAUUGUUAACGCAUUAUCGCUAUCAGAAAAAUGUCCAAGUCUUCAAUUUCUGCUACGCGAUAAGAGUGUGUCGUGCUAUAGAAGUGUUCAAACAAGCGAGCUGAGGAAAAGCCACCUUCUUGAGCUGAAAGACGAUUGGGACGAUGUCAUUAAAAGCGAAUCACAUUGUGAUUUAUCGUAUGGUUAUGGGCGACAGGUGAAGUACGAUUUUCACAAAAUAGAAAGGAGACUCGCAGAAGAUAUAUUAUUCGGUAAAGCAUUUUUGAAUUUAAAUGAUCUGCCUGAAAUAGUUUUCAUCGAUGAGCUGUACAGGGAUUUUUUGGAUCUGAUAAAUGAUGUUUCAAAAUCUGUUCUCCAAGAACCAUUGCCAAAGGAUUUGGAAGAGUUUUAUCGAGAAAGGUGCAACGACGAUAAAACGCUUGCCGCUGAGUUACUCAAUAGCCUUGAUAUGAUCAUGAUAUUUCUAAAAAAAACUAAGUGCGACGAAAAGAAAUCACUUGCAAGCUUUGUUAAUGAAAGAAAAACCAUAAUCGGCAGUGCCCUUCAAUCGAGAUAUCUACCCAGUUCUAAUGAUAAACUGCAAGUUUGUCACGUCAUAAGUCUGCAUGAGUGCCUAGAAGACAUACGUGCAGCCCGAAUCAUUGAGACUCUAGAUUAUAACUACCACGAAGAAUUAGAAACAGACAUUGAAGACCAAAUACGUAAUGCGAUCAAUCACCAGAAAGCGGACAUUGUUCUUAAAGCCAUUCGACGGUUCAUUUAUAGAUGUGUGUACAUGGGAGAUAUCGGGACAGACCAAACGUUAUUUCAGUAUCUACAGCAAGCCUCCUUUUGGCCGGCAAACAUUUUCAAGAAUAAGAUGCUGUGUUUCGACGGCGGAGAGGAAGAAAUAAAAAAGGUUGUACCAAUGGAUAUACAAGUAAAACAUGUGGUGGCCCUUGUACAAAUAUUGACCGAGAAGGCAAAGAAACCAGGCCACCAACGGCUUACAAAUGUGAUCAUGCAGGCCAAAUCGAAAGAUUUACAGGCGGCAGACAAGAAAAAGAAAAAGGCACAAACCAGAAAGCUGCGAAAGAUGUAAACCAGUUCCAGACCGUGAUCGUAAAAUGGCUUAAAGUAGAUUGUGCAUAACUUGAUUCAGUUUUGAUCCAUGUGUGUUUAUUGUUUUGUCUUUAUUAUAGACUAUUUAUAAACAUGUUUUAAGAAGGAAUCAGUUUAUUGGGAAAUAAUUCUAUGUUGUAACAUAUUGUAAGGUGCGAAAAACAUGUAUAAUUCAAUACUGAUAUCAAGUGUAAAUAUGUACAUAUAAAUAUAUAGCAUGGAUUAUUAUGCGGAAUUGCAUUAUUGUAAAUAAUAUUAGCUUAAAAUAACUUCAUUGCUGUUGUUGUUUUGCAUGUGCAAUGCAUGUGAAAGACGAAACUCAAAUUUAUUUGUGACCUAAAUUGUCGUAUAUUUCUUAUUUAUUUUCAUUUUGCAGAUUUGAUUUUUAAUCUGUUCAAUCAGAUGUAUUCAUAUUUAUUUAGAUAUAGUACAUGCUUAAGUUCAGAUUCAAUGUGAUGUUAUUUUGUAAAUAGUGUUAAUAUCAUAACGAAUGUUUUUUAUGAAAAUCACACUAUUGUUUCUAUUUUUAAGACCUAAAUGUGUAUGUUGUUUGCAGUAUAUUGUCAUUGCGCAAAACUUUGAUUAUAAAUUAUGUAAAGGAAAUAUGCAUUUUGUUAAUUGCUAUAUUGACUUGUUUUAUUGUCUUUAUAUUUAAAUAUAUCUUAAAUUUACUUGCUGAAGAAAAAGUUUGUUUUGUAAUCCUUUUAAAAUCUGAAACUUACUUUUGGCUUCUAUUUUGUUUGUUUGACAAAAGAUUAUUUAGCUAGUUUUCGAAUUUAGUUAUUCUUAAUGCAUUAUUUAUUAGCGCCGUACGAGUAUGUUUACUGCUAUCGAAGUGUCUGUUAGAUGCAUGUUUGUUUGUUUAAAAAAAUGUAAAUUUAACAAAAAAAGAAACAAGCUGAUCUUGUUUAUGUGUUACAUGACUAUUGUAAAUAACUUUAGCAUUUAUUGAAUAAUGUAUAUCUUAUGUUAAAUAUGUUUGAUUGUGACCUUGCGUUUGGUUUUCAACGGAGUGUGCAUCGUUUGGAAUCCUGGUUUGUAAAUAGUUUGAUCGUUUCCGUUUAAUUUUAAUUGUUUUAUGUUGUCGUUGAUCAUGUUUGUUAGUGUUAUGGCUUUAUAUUGAAAUAUCAUUAAUGUGCAUAAGUGUAUUCAAACCAUGUAUGUUGUUGAACUAUUAACAGGAUAAAAGCUUUCUUGUAUUCAUAACACGUAAGUUUUGAUAUGUUGUUUACUACACAUUCACUUUAUAAAAUUCCUAUUUAAGUGUGUCUUAGUUCAUGGAUUGUGUAUUUACGUAAAUAAUCAUCCUUAUGACGGUUUUAUAUUUUUUGUUUUGUUUUUGUAGUGUUACUGCAUAUGCCUCUCCAUUGUAUUUAUUCAUUGUAUAUAUCAUAUAUGUAAAUGAACUUAUUAUAUCAAACAGGUCAUGUGUUUUGGCGCAUAUUGACUGCAAAGAAAUAACAUUGCCCAUCUUAUAGUUAAAAUAUUCAUACUUGUUCAUAAAUAUUCAUAAGACGGUACAUUUAUGUAUUUUAUUAGUGUCUGCAAUGUAGCUACUUUACUUAUCUAAAUGUUUAAAAUAUUCAUUCAUUUAACUUAAUGAAUGGUACAUGAACGUGAUUUUAUGGAGCCUGCAAUUAAUUUGCUUAUCUUUUGUUUAUUAUUAUUAUUCUUUAUUUAUUUAACUUAGUAGAUGGAACAUGAACGUAAGUUUAUGGUGUCUGCAAUUUAUGAACUUUAUUCACGUUAAUAAUUAUAAUUAUACAAUUAUUAAACUACGUAGUUUGUACAUCAACGUGAGUAAAUGAUGUCAGCCAUGUAUAUACUUUACUUCCAAUAAUAAUUAUAAUUGUUUAGUUAUAGAACUUAGUAGACGGUACAUGGACGUAAGUUAAUGGUGUCUGCAGUUUAUUUACUUGACGUAUGUUAAUAAUUAUUUAUCUUAGUAGACGGUACAUGGACGUAAGUUAAUGGUGUCUGCAUAUUUAUUUACUUGAUGCAUGUUAAUUAUUAUUGAACUUAGUAGACGGUACAUGGACGUAAGUUAAUGGUGUCUGCAUAUUUAUUUACUUGACGUAUGUUAAUUAUUAUUGAACUAAGUAGACGGUACAUGGACGUAAGUUAAUGGUGUCUGCAUUUUUAUUUACUUGACGUAUGUUAAUAAUUAUUUGUCUUAGUAGACGGUACAUGGACGUAAGUUAAUGGUGUCUGCAUAUUUAUUUACUUGACGUAUGUUUAUUAUUAUUUAUCUUAGUAGACGGUACAUGAACGUAAGUUUAUGGUGACUGAAUAUGUAUUUACUUGACGUAUGUUAAUUAUUAUUGAACUUAGUAGACGGUACAUGGACGUAAGUUAAUGGCGUCUGCAAUUUAUUUACUUUACGUACUUUAAUAAUUAUAAUUGUUUAUAUAUUUUACUAAGAAUACGGUACAUGGACGUAAGUUAAUGGUGUCUGAAUUUUUAUUUACUUGACGUAUGUUGAUAAUUUUUUAUCUUCGUAGACGGUACAUGGACGUAAGUAAAUGGUGUCUGAAAUUUUAUUUACUUGACGUAUGUUGAUAAUUAUUUAUCUUAAUAGACGGUACAUGGACGUAAGUUCAUGGUGUCUGAAUUUUUAUUUACUUGACGUAUGUUGAUAAUUAUUUAUCUUCGUAGACGGUACAUGGACGUAAGUAAAUGGUGUCUGCAUUUUUAUUUACUUAACUUAUGUUAAUAAUUAUUGCACUUAGUAGACGGUACAUGGACGUAAGUUAAUGGUGUCUGCAUUUUUAUUUACUUGACGUAUGUUAAUAAUUAUUGAACUAAGUAGACGGUACAUGGACGUAAGUUAAUGGUGUCUGCAUUUUUAUUUACUUGACGUAUGUUAAUAAUUAUUUGUCUUAGUAGACGGUACAUGGACGUAAGUUAAUGGUGUCUGCAUAUUUAUUUACUUGACGUAUGUUUAUUAUUAUUUAUCUUAGUAGACGGUACAUGAACGUAAGUUUAUGGUGACUGAAUAUGUAUUUACUUGACGUAUGUUAAUUAUUAUUGAACUUAGUAGACGGUACAUGGACGUAAGUUAAUGGCGUCUGCAAUUUAUUUACUUUACGUACUUUAAUAAUUAUAAUUGUUUAUAUAUUUUACUAAGAAUACGGUACAUGGACGUAAGUUAAUGGUGUCUGAAUUUUUAUUUACUUGACGUAUGUUGAUAAUUUUUUAUCUUCGUAGACGGUACAUGGACGUAAGUAAAUGGUGUCUGAAAUUUUAUUUACUUGACGUAUGUUGAUAAUUAUUUAUCUUAAUAGACGGUACAUGGACGUAAGUUCAUGGUGUCUGAAUUUUUAUUUACUUGACGUAUGUUGAUAAUUAUUUAUCUUCGUAGACGGUACAUGGACGUAAGUAAAUGGUGUCUGCAUUUUUAUUUACUUAACUUAUGUUAAUAAUUAUUGCACUUAGUAGACGGUACAUGGACGUAAGUUAAUGGUGUCUGCAUUUUUAUUUACUUGACGUAUGUUAAUAAUUAUUUAUCUAAGUAGACGGUACAUGGACGUAAGUUAAUGGUGUCUGCAUUUUUAUUUACUUGACGUAUGUUAAUAAUUAUUUAUCUUAGUAGACGGUACAUGGACGUAAGUAAAUGGUGUCUGCAUAUUUAUUUACUUGACGUAUGUUAAUUAUUAUCUAUCUUGGUAGACGGUACAUGGACGUAAGUUAAUGGUGUCUGCAUUUUUAUUUACUUGACGUAUGUUAAUAAUUAUUUAUCUUAGUAGACGGUACAUGGACGUAAGUUAAUGGUGUCUGCAUAUUUAUUUACUUGACGUAUGUUAAUAAUCAUUGAACUUAGUAGACGCUACAUGGACGUAAGUAAAUGGCGUCUGUAGUUUAUUUACCUGACGUAUGUUAAUAAUUAUUUAUCUUAGUAGACAGUACAUGGACGUAAGUAAAUGGCGUCUGCAGUUUAUUUACUUGACGUAUGUUAAUAAUUAUUUAUCUUAGUAGACGGUACAUGGACGUAAGUUAAUGGUAUCUUCAUAUUUAUUUACUUGACGUAUGUUAAUAAUUAUUUAUCUUAGUAGACGCUACAUGGACGUAAGUAAAUGGCGUCUGCAUAUUUAUUUACUUGACGUAUGUUAAUAAUUAUUGAACUUAGUAGACGGUACAUGGACGUAAGUUAAUGGCGUCUGCAUAUUUAUUUACUUGACGUAUGUUAAUAAUUAUUUAUCUUAGUAGACGGUACAUGGACGUAAGUUAAUGGUGUCUUCAUAUUUAUUUACUUGACGUAUGUUAAUAAUUAUUGAACUUAGUAGACGGUACAUGGACGUAAGUUAAUGGUGUCUUCAUAUUUAUUUACUUGACGUAUGUUAAUAAUUAUUGAACUUAGUAGACGGUACAUGGACGUAAGUUAAUGGUGUCAGCAUAUUUAUUUACUUGACGUAUGUUAAUUAUUAUUGAACUUAGUAGACGGUACAUGGACGUAAGUUAAUGGCGUCAGCAUAUUUAUUCACUUGACGUAUGUUAAUAAUUAUUUAUCUUAGUAGACGCUACAUGGAUGUAAGUAAAUGGCGUCUGUAGUUUAUUUACUUGACGUAUGUUAAUAAUUAUUUAUCUUAGUAGUAGGUACAUGGACGUAAGUAAAUGGCGUCUGUAGUUUAUUUACUUGACGUAUGUUAAUAAUUAUUUAUCUUAGUAGUAGGUACAUGGACGUAAGUAAAUGGCGUCUGUAGUUUAUUUACUUUACGUAUAUUAAUAAUUAUAAUUGUUUAUUAAUUGAACUUAAUAGACGGUACAUGAACGUAAGUUAAAGGGGCAUGCAAUGUAUAUACUUUACCCAUACUAAAAAACCCCAUUAAAUAACAGUUUUUGCAACCACAACCUCUGUAUUAUUAAUGAUACACGAGCACAAUGUGGGUACACGCAAAGAACGUAUGUAUGAUUCAAGAGCCUUGUUAUUUAUCCGCACGAUAUAUAUUGCACGUUUAAGCUCCGCCUACCUGUUACCGUUCCGACAUUGAGGUUGUGUAUGCAUGAAAACACAAUGUACAUGGUACAUUGUCCAUUUUUGAACUUUGUGGACGUACUUUAUUGUUCAUUAAUUGAUCUAAGAAACGGUGCAGAAAUGAAUGAUUUAAUGUCUGAAAUGUAUUUACUUACCUACUUCUACAUUUUCACUAAUCUAUUUCAAAUGGGAAAUAAACUAUAAAGUAUAUGUACACAUUCAUCGUAUUUGAACAUUGGAUAAGCGACUUAUUGUGCUCUUUAUGGCAAUGUGGUAUUUUGUAAAAUCACAUUACAUUGUUUUGUACUGUAUUGUAUUGCAUUGCAUUAUAGUUGGUACAGUGUAUAUAGAUGGUUAGUGGUUCUAAUAAACGGAUAGUAAAGUUUUAACCACACUUGUCAUAUCGGAAUUGUAAACUUCUUUUAUUACAUAGAGAAAUGAAUAAUUGCAUGUAUUUGAUUAAUUCUUAUGAUAAAAUACAACAUUAUGUGUCUAGAUGCUGUGUUAUAAAUGAACUGUACAUUCCAUUUAUUAUGUUAUUAUUUUAAAAGAUUACAUAUUAUUGCUAUUAAUUUUAUUGAUUGAGGUACAUUUACGCUUUAGUUUAUAUAUGAACGAUAUUUUAAUAUUUUCGUAUGUAUGUUUGUGUGUGUUUCUGAAAUAAAUAUUUUAAAAAAGA